AUGUCAAAGAAUCUAAAUAAAAACGAUGAGCAAUACCCCGAAGGGGAAUCUUUAAAAAGUGUAGAAAUCAGCCAACCUAAAAAUAUGUUUGUGGAACAAAAAAUGCGCAAUUAUCCAGGUUUCCACAAAAAUAUGUAUGAUUAUUUUACGGAAUUUUCUAAUAAUACCGGAAUCCAUGGAUUCAAAUAUAUGGGCGAGCCGGAACGAUCUUUUAUUGAAAAGUUUUACUGGUUUAUAUUGUUCUGUGCUUCUCUGUACUUUUGUAUUUACUUAAUAGUCCACACGUGGUCUUCAGUUUUGGUAAGUUUCGUCCAAACGCCUACUCCAGUAUGGCAGGUGCCAUUCCCAGCAAUUACCAUUUGUCCCGAAAACAAAGUGAGGCAAAGUGUGUACAAUUUUACGCACUAUUAUCACAAAGUUUUGGAUGAUAUCACUGCAAAAGAAAAGAAUUCUUUAACUACAAGCAGUCUUACAGAUGAAGAACUACAGAAAUUUUAUGAUGUCUCGUUGAUUUGUGACAAUUACCUUUAUCAGAAAGGAAAUAAAACCACAAGUUUUGAAACCAUUCAAUACUUAAUAAACAUCGCACCACCAUUUCACCAAGUUGUCAUGGGCUGUAAAUGGACAGGUACGAAUGAAACUUGUGACAAUCUUUUCUCCCCAGUAUUGACAGAAGAUGGCAUCUGUUUUACCUUCAAUAUGCUAGACAGAAGCGAAUUAUUUACAAAUGCUGUCUACCUACAUGGAGACUACCUCAUGAGUCACGACAAGCGUUCAGGAGGGUGGACUCUUGAAAAUGGUUAUCCUGACAAAGCGGGGAAAGAGACAUUUCCGAGGAGAACUAUGUCAGCAGGACCUUCUUUUGGUCUCCUUCUUCUUUUAGGAGCUUAUGAAGAGGAUUUAGAUUAUAUUUGUCGUGGACCAAUGCAGGGUUUUAAAGUAUUGUUGCAUCAUCCCGCCGAAGUUCCGGACACCAAAAUCCAGUAUUUUAGAGUACCACUUAAUACCGAAACUGCAGUAGCAAUUAAACCCGACGUGAGUACAACUUCUCCAGGUUUAAAAAACUACGAUCCACAUCAAAGGCAAUGUUUCUUCGCACAAGGGCGACAACUAAAAUUUUACCAGGACUAUACACAACAAAACUGUCAGAUGGAAUGUGUUGCAAAUUAUACUCAUGCUAAAUGCGGCUGCGUUGCUUUCCACAUGCCACAUGAAGAAUCAACUAAAAUUUGUGGAGUCGGAAGUACGGACUGUAUCGUCGAUGCAGAACAGGAGAUGUUAUCUCGUGAAAUGGGGUCAGAAUUUCGUCGUUUUGAGGGUAAUGAUGAAUACAAUAUUUCAGAAACGAUAUGUGACUGUUUACCUGCCUGUACUUCGAUAACUUAUAACGCAGAGAUUUCGCAAGCCGACUUUAACUGGGUUAAACUUCUUCAAGGAUAUAAAUCUAAUCCCAGUGACUUUUCAGGGAUUCAGAUGACCAGAUUAACACUCUAUUUCAAGCACACGCAGUUUAUCACUUCAAAAAGAAACGAAUUUUAUGGACAAAUAGAUUUUCUGGCUAACUGUGGAGGACUAUUGGGUUUGUUUACUGGAUUUUCGUUCUUGUCGAUAGUGGAGAUUCUAUAUUUUCUGUCAUUACGGUUAUUGUGUAACAUUAAAAAGUAUGGUAUACAUUUUUGGUCUGGCUCUAAAACCUUAAUUAAUGGCGAUGAUCUGCCCACAUAA